AUGGCAAUCGUUCACUUGUUUUCUGAACACAGCACGUAUGGGAGAGAGACCAACCACAACAAGCCAUUGGACAUCUACACGCUGGCCAAUGACUUCCAAUUGCAGCGACACGCCCUUGACAACAUCGCAUUAGGGAAGCCAACGAAUCAGAGUACAACAUGGCGGGAGUUUGUUCCUGAUUACGCAGUGGACGGACAGACCGGUCAGCGUCUGUUUGUGGACAAGUGCACUCACACUUUGGACACAGGCGAGUACCAGCCGUGGUGGGAGGUGGACCUGACUGCGGACUAUAUGGUGGACAGUUUGAGGAUCACCAACAGGGUCGACUGCUGCGCUCAAAGAUUGGCCAAUUUCAAUGUGAGUGUUGGCCACGUUGUUGGUGGACAUUACCAGCUCUGUUUCUUCCAUCAAGGAAAGUACGGCAAAACCACCAAGUCGAUCUCCUGCAGUCCUAACACUGUCGGACGCUAUCUGAGGAUUCAGCUGACAGGGUUUGAACGACUUACACUGUGCGAGGUGGAGGUGUACGGGACUCUCGCAACAUUUUCAUCAACGCUUUCAAGCCCUUUGUUGUCAUCUUAUCCGACAUCAUCAACGGCAAAUGAUCAAGCGAUCAGUUCACACGGGUUGUUGGCGACGUCAGAGAUAUUGCAGACAGAUAUGGCUGGCACUGACAUCACCACGUCGGGAAUCCCCACCCUUUAUGGCUUCAGUCUCUCCACCCUACACGACAUGAGUCUCUCCGUCCUAGAUGACAGCAGUCUGUCCAUCCUAGAUGACAGCAGCUUUUCCAUCACGGACGCGCUGGAUGCUACACAAACCAGUAUACAACUGAGUUCCGGACCACGCCAUAAUACCACAGCGAACACAAGCCCAAUAACCUCGCAAGUACCGGACAUGACGUCACUGCCACGCAGCCAUGUUACAGCUACAGAGUUGUCUAGCUUUCAGAGCAGCCAUUUCCAAACCAGCUACCCAGCGACGUCAAUGACGGCUUCUGGAGAUACAUUUAGUACUGCAGCUAUACCUUCGUCAUCCACUACUACGCCAGACUCGUCGGUGACCACUGCGGGACUCUGUCGGUGCCGAUGCCAGACGUUCAUCCCGCACGACCGUGAAUUACUGGCCGAACUGAGCACUGCGAUCAAACAGAAGUUGAUCAUCCCAGCAACGAAUACUUCCAGUUACAUUCGGAAAAAACGUAGCGCAGUGAACAAGAAACCAAGCGCCAAGUAUAUUGGCCUGUUCGGCAUCAUUAUAAUUUCGUUUGUGUCUGGUUUAGUCGUUCUGCCAGACCUAAUUAGCGUGUUUCGAUUUGUGUGCAUGUCCCACGGAAGGAACAGAUCACAAGAUGUAUAACAACAUCUUGGUGUAAUAGGUGAUCAUUUGUAGGUGUCAACGUCUUGAUUAUCAGGAGCACGAGAUUUAAAUGUUAAUGCCCAUUCCUUCAUACUUUCGGAGAAUAUUCGCCUUCAUCGCGUGGCCUUGGUGGACCUGAACCACGUGACCUUGGUGGACCUGAACCACGUGACCCUGAUGGACCUGAACCACAUGACCCUAAUGGAGCACGAAUAUAUUCCGAAACGUCGUGUUCCUGAUAAUAAAGAUGUUGACAUCCAUAACUGGUCACCUUUUCUGUGUAUCACUCCUGAAUGCCAUCCAAAAACAUCUUGAUGUGUAACAACGUCUAAGUGACUAGCGUCACACACGACAGGUUAUCCCUUCCGGUCUCUCACUAGUGUUAGUGCUGUCUGUUCCAGAAUCAUACUGAAUACUCAUGAACCAUCCAUUGUACGAAUAUCCACGUCCCGAUUAGCAAAUGUUAGCAUGUGUUCACGAAUCACUAUGAAAUAAUCAUGAUGUAGAUUUUCACUCCAAAGAUGUUUGUAUCUUGCCCCACCGUUGACAUCUAAUAAAACGCACACACACCAACGCAUGGUAAAAGUUAAAAUGAGGAAUUGCAUCUGAAAUGGGUUUUGUCACUGAAGCGUCAAGACUGGAAGUGUCCUCCUCCUAUCUACUCUACAUGGUUGUAACUGUGGUCCAACAAUUUGGGAACCGAUGAGUUUGUGCAGUGGUAUGAUUGUACACUCGUUUUAAUAAACAUUGUAUCCAUCUGGAGAAUUGGUUCCGGGAUUUCGGAGAGUAAAAGCCACUGGGUUUUCCUACAAUCUACAAUGAGGACCUAUCUACACGGUGGAGGUACCAUGGCAUGCAAUGAGCAGCCUCACAGAGCCUUUGCCACGUGAUGCAGUGUUAUGGUUUUACUCCACGAGGUAUUCAAGACCGGUUCUGGCAAUAGGGAAUACCGGGAACAAGAUCCCGAAUGAAAUGUGUACGAAGCUUUGUCUUGAAGACAUGACAAGUCGGCCUGUUCAGAGACAAGAUAUGGGAGUGAACCUUCGCCCAAGACAAACCUAUUUCGAUGAUGACGUUUUUAAUAGUAUAACAAAUUCUAAAAGAAAACAAUGUUUGUGUUGUGUUUAUAAAAUGAAAAAAGCUUAUCAUCUCCUCCUGUUUGUACCAGAGGCCCUCUGAUGUGGUCGGCAUCUGCCUCCAUCUUCCUGACCUGUAUAUGGAGUGUAAUAUAUGGAUCUGAUCAUCCACUAUUCUGACAGACAAUGUGUGUCGAUAUAUCGAGCACUAGUAAGCCACACCAGAACGUUUAAGACUGCUUACAAUCCGAUGUGAUCAUUAUAGUCAAUAACGUAUGGCGCUGGAAUGUCUCUGUUCAUUGUUCACCCAUUCGCGACUCACUUUCAGAAGAUACUUGAUGUAUUUACCUUGUUGAAGACUAGGGCAAACGGGUGUCCUAAUUCCACAGUGUUUUUUAUUGUUUGUGUACUACUAAAGCUGGCAAAGUGUUUGAACAUGUACUAGUAAUACGUGUACUAGUAAUACAUGUACUAGUAAUACGUGUACUAGUUGCUCUGCUGGAAUAUUUCUAACCUGAGGCGAGUUGUAUAUCCUUAACCCUGACAUUCCACCAGGUGUUUACCAGUGACGGCGUCCUGUAGACAGCCAUGUCAGAUAUUGCCAUGUUCAUUGUACCUUUUGUAACGUAUUAUUAGUAUAUGUCAAUGAUGUAAAAAAACAACCACAUCAUAACUUUCAUUUUCUUAUGCAUGUUAAAGUUAUUAAAUGUGAGUUUUGGAACCUACAUGAUCAUAUUAUCGUAA